GUGAACUGGCCCCCUGUUUAAAAAGUUUGAGGAACCUUGCUCUAGACUCUGGGGUGACCUUAGGUCAGUUUGUUUUGGGACCAAACAGGGAUUGCUCAAUCAGGGACGACAGUCAGCCAGCCGGGCGGUCAGGCAACAUGGAGCGGAUCUUAAAGGGCCACUGUGGGCAGCUCUCUGUCAGCACUAUCAGGGCCUGACCCUGGGGACACCUGUACCUGUUGCCGUCAGGAGUGGCUGCCAGCUGUGGCUGCACCUCCAGAAGUGCUGGGGAAGGCACAGCUGCAGACAUCUCGUUUCCUCCCAGCUGCUCCAUCCUCCUUCCCCAUCAGCCAGAAUGUGUGAUUUCUUCACUUUAGCUCUUCCUCUGGGCUGGGGGCGGGAGACUCAUGCAUAUCCAGGGACCUCAGCUUCCACAGGAAGCUUCCUUUGCUCCCUCUCAGAUGUGAUCCUCCAACCCUCUGAAUGCUCCUUCUACUGUAGCGCACCUUCAUCAUAGCACCAUGACGUCGCAUCGCACCUUGUGUUAUCCUCCCAUGGGGCAGAUGCUGCGUGUGCUGCCCGGAUCCCCACCUUCAGCCCCGAGGGUACCAUUUUCCCAACUUCUAGGAGUGUGGCUGGCUGAGAGCUCAAGGCUGAGUCCCUCCUUCUGGAAUUUCCCUCCAUGGCAGAGACCUGUCUUGCCCAAGGCUACUCCCCCUUCCAUGGGACAGCCCACACCCAGUGACAUUCAAUAAGGGGCACAGAGACACAUCUCCCUUGCCUUAAUUCAAGACAUCUCUGAAGGACCAUGUCAGCUUCUGAGCGCCCUAUGGGACCAGCUUUUUGUUGGGUGACAGUCAACUCCUUCCUCUUCUGCCCUGCCGCCCCACACAGGCGUUGUUUUCGAGAACUCUCCCCAGUAAACUUCUCGCUUCCAGUUCUCUAUCUCAGAUCCGGGGAACCCAACCUGCAACACUCGCAUUAGGCUGGAAGCUUGUAAAGGGCUACAGGUGGCAACCUCCAUUAUCUCCCUUCUCCUUCCAUCCUGCUCCAUCGCCUGGUACCCAGCACGGUUCGGAACAGAGUAGAAGCCCCACACAUCUCUAAUGAAUGGAAAACAGACGAUGACUUGGGUAAAGACUUUCUAUUCUCCUCCUCAAGUGGGCAGGUCCCUGGGGAGUCAGGAGCGGCAUCAUAUGCAUCUGUUUUGUCUCAGGCACCCUGGCAAAAUUUUCACUGUUAAUGAAGAAUGUCACCAACCCAAUCCAGUGACUCUGCGGGCAUCCUCAGAAGGGGCUGUCCUGGCGCCCCUAAAGGAAGGCGAUGUGUUCUGGGAUGGCAGAGGCAGCUGCUGCUGCCCGGAGAGCCCAGAGCAAAGCAAGGCAGCAGCAGAAAGCGGCAUCCAGUGUUGCCUGGCAACAUGCUGGGUGCCACCACUGGGGCACGGCGCCCUGAAUGAGCACCAUGAGGUGGUGACAACCUUUAUAACCCUCGCAGAGCCUUCUUCCUGCCCACGAAGACCUCUUCUAGCUGGCUCUCUUCCUCUCACCCCUCUCUCCUCCACAGCCUCGGCAUACAGCCCUAUAGCCAGCAUCUCUGCCUGGAAGUGGGAAGGAGGCACAGCCUGUAAGAGAUACAACAGUGGGGGCGGGGUGGACAAAGGCGGGGCAUGUAUGGCCACCCCCCCACCCCCCACCCCCGCCCCAGGGAGCUCGCUGCCCAUUGCAUGUGUGCACCAGCUGCCUGCCUGCUGGGGACCAGGGUGA